AUGGAAAUUUAUAAAAAUAUGGGAGUUUGUGCAGGAAAACAGUCAAGUAAAGCGAACCACUCUGUGGUGGAUACUAAAGAGAAUGAUCCAGCUACGGUUCAAGAAGAGCGAAGAAAGUUGUUAAUAGUCAAAGCUAAAAAGGCUCCUUCUCUGAAGCUGGACCAAAAUGCCUUAUAUAAUCGACGACGAGUAAGCAAGGAAAUUACGAGUGUUGAAGUAUCCCAGCUGCUUCACGCUAUCAGAUAA